AGGUAUGGAACAUAGAUCAGGUUUGGAAAAUAGAGCUGCUCCCGGUGCAGGAAUGGAAAAGAUGCGCACGAAAAUGCACAUCAAGAAUGAGCUCGGCCGAGCACUUCUGGCCGAAUUCAUGGGCACCAUGCUACUUUUGCUCAUCGGAAACUGCGUUGUAGCCCAAAGUAUACUCCCACGCCCAAAACUCAAUGAAAUGAUUGGAGUAAACGUUGGUUUCGCACUGGCCAUAGCUUUUGGUGUAGCUGUAUCAUACAGGAUCUCAGGAGGUCACAUCAACCCCGCCGUAUCUCUUAUGUUUAUGACAUUCCGUCAACUUUCCCCAGCUCGCUUCAUCCUCUACAUGCUGGCUCAAAUCGCUGGAGCUUUUGUCGGAGCUGCUGUUUCGUAUGCUCUCUAUCACGAGGCCAUCAAUCAGUUCGACGGCGGCAUCAGAGCUGUUGUGGGUCCGAAAUCUACAGCUGGGAUCUUUGCCUCCUACCCGGCAAAUCACCUCGGACUUUUCGGUGGACUUCUUGACCAGAUCAUCGCCACUGCCGUUUUCUGUUUCCUUAUCGCUCACAUCACUGACAAGAGAAAUGCCUACCCACAUUGGCUCCAACCUCUCCUUAUUGGUCUCUCAUUCUUCGCUGUCGGUACCGCUUUCGCCUACAACUGUGGAUACCCAUGCAACCCAGCCAGAGACUUCGGACCAAGACUUUUCACCUGGAUCAUUGGAUACGGAUUCGAUGUCUUCUCACACAGAUCUUGGUGGUGGGUGCCAAUCAUUGGCCCCAUGAUCGGAGCCCUGCUCGGAACUCAAGCCUUUGACCGGAAAGGACCCCUACGAGCGAGCGGCCGUUUAAAUCAAAAGAACCGAAGAAGAACCGUAGUGGGUGGAUCGCGCUAUCGUAUUAGCCUGCCGGUACUCCAGCUUCUCAAUGAUUCAUUAAAUAAUGAAGAUCACAAUUCACGCUGCUCUCUCUCUCUGCAAAAUACCUCUUUAUUAUUGUCGAAUGCAAGUGUUUGUCCGUUUUGUAAUAAACAUUUACUCUUAUCACCCUUCUAG